CCAGAACAUCAUGGGUCCCCCAUCAGUCGACCUACUCAACGACAGGUUUUUCAAGUUCGUCGUCGGACGCCACGAAAAAAGGUACAACGUCCACGCAGACGUCUUUGCUAGCCUAUCGGUACCCCUCAAUACCCUAAUCAACGGGCCAUUCAUCGAAGCCACGAACAAGACCACCAUCUGGAGUGACGUAGACGAAGAAACAUUCGACCGUCUCAGACAAUUCGCCUAUUGCGGGGACUACAACUGUGCUGAGCCCGAGCUAACACAUAAAUUUACGGAAAUCAAACAAGAAGCCUCACCUCCCGAAAUCGAAGGGUCCCACGAUAAUGUAUACGUACCCAAACUCUGUCCGCCGCCCAGCAAUGGAUUUCUCUGGACACUACCCUAUUCCAUCCACGACAUGAGCAAGGACCUAGAAUCCUUUGAAUCCACCGUCGUAAACCGGGUGCGCGAGUUCAACAACUUCCGUUGUAGCGUUGAAUUCAACAGUCGACUCGCCAUCAUCGACGCCGUCGGAGAAUGGUGCGAAGCCAACGGAUUAUGCCGUUUUGAGAAACUAGUCAAGCAGGACGAAAUCGAAGAUGGUCCAUGUCCGAAUUUCCGCGAGCGGUUUUUGUGUCAUGUCGACUUACACAUCGUCGCGGACAAAUACUGCAUUGAAGAACUCAUACUCCUGACUACUUCCAAACUGGCUUGUCUUCUACGAAUGAUCACUAUAUUCCCGGAUAUGGUGACCGAGAUUGCGUUACUCAUUCGUUACGUGUUUAAGAGAACACCGGUUUAUGAUAAAAUGCGGGAGUUGCUUAUUUUUUUCAGCGCUGUUAUUAUUGAGGAUGUCUGUGAUGACCCCGAGUUUAAUAAUUUGCUUACGGACGUUCCCGAGUUCGCGACGGGAGUCUUACAGAAGGUUGCACAGCACCGUAUCCUGAAGGGUUAGCGGGGUACGUUAUAGCGAGGGAGAUGGGAAGACCCUAAACGAAAUCCCUAAAA